AUGCGAUUCACCAUGCGAGCCGCGAUCGCGGUGUCCAGCCUUCUCUUCGCCGCUUCAGCAGCAGCCGAAUCCUCCGAAAAUAUCCUCGUCGCACGAGCGUCCAUGUCGCUGGUCGGAUGCUUUGACAGUGAUGAUGGGCUCACCAAUAAAACGACAUACACAUAUCAGAGUUCCGGGUGGUGCUUCGACGCCUGCACCAAAACAAAUGCCGCGGUCUUUGGCUUGACCGGAGGCUCAGAUUGCCUGUGUGGAGACGAACUGCCGCCAGAUUCAGCAAAGGUUUCCAAGGACAAGUGCAAUAAGGCGUGUGAUGGAUGGCCUUCGGAUAAGUGCGGCGGUGAUGGCUUCUACUCGGUCUACAAGACAGGCCUGAACCCGGACGUCUCAUCCGGCUCCUCGUCGCCCAAGAGCUCGGGCAAACCGUCCACCAAGACCGACGACCCCGCGCCCGCGGAAUCGACCCAGACCGUUGGUGGGACGACGGUGGUGACCCCCGUCAGUGAGAACAAGGAUGAGGACGAGGAUGCGAAGGCCAAGAGUAGCCACAACACGGCCGCAGUGGCUGCCGGAGCGGUGGUCGGAGUGGUUGGAUUUGCUGCACUCGUGGGCGCGGGCAUUUUCUUCUACCGAUCCAAGAAGCAAAAGGCCCAGAGCCAGAUCGGCGGCUACGGCAAUGAAUCCGGCAUGCCGUCCAUGUCCGACUCCCGGUUUGAUGGCAACUACAUGGCACAACGGCGUCAGAGCAAUGGUAGCAUUGACGAUGACCAUGACUUCUCCCGUCGCGUCCUGCAGGUCACCAACCCUGAUCGCUAG